AUGGACUUAAGUCUGGAUCAGACAGCCCUCGCGAGGCUGGCUGCGCCGUACAAUGGUGCGGAUGGGCGUGAGAGCGCGGGUGGAAACCCCGCGGCUUUCCAUCUCCCGUUGAUGGAUCCGGGCGUCUCGUCUACACCAGACGGAGGAUCCAACAUGUCAAUGGACGGAGGGGGAGCGGGUGGGAACACCGCGCCGGUAUUCAAUCAGGCCAAUUUUUCAUUUGUGAGCACACCUCCAGCUAUACUGGCGGAGAUGAUGCGCCAGGCCUCGCAAAAUCAGCAACUUGAGGGGCAACGAGCAGAACUAAUGCUCGCAGCACAGAGGCUCCGAAACGAAGCUGACGAAGCGUUCUCUGAGAAUGAGGAGAUGAGGGUCCAGGCGAAAUUGUUCAUCACCGCAGCCGAAACUGGAUAUCAAUCACUGCAAGAGCAGGCUCAGAAUCAGGUCAUGGAAAUGUCCAUGAACCACCGUCAACAUAUCGCUGGAAUUGAAAUGAGGCAGAGUCAGAAAGUCUCGUCCCUCGAGAUGAACUUGGCACAGCAACAACAAACAUCUAUGGAUUUGCAGAGGCGGCUGGCUGAGACGGAAUCCGUCCAGGCACAACUCCUGAAGGAACUUCGUGAAAUGAAGCAACGGAAGGAUGAUGCGCCGGGCAUUCCGGAAGGAGUAAUGGUGGUGGUGGACCGCCGGGAGGGGGAGGAGACAAUCCUGAUGGAG